CUCGUUUUUGUGUGCGGUAUUUUUCGUUUUGACAGUCCGUGUAUAAUUUUUGUGCAAAAAUGUAUUUCUUGCCGACAAGAAACUAAAUAAAUAAGUGAACAUAAUAAAAAAGUUAAAUAAUUUACUAAAGAAUUGAAAACAAAAAGAAUUUGUGUAAAAAAAAGAAAUAAACAAAAUGUUCGGCACAUUAAACAAUUACUUAAGCAGUGUCCAUCGUGUUUGGACAAAUGGCGAUGGUGAUAUGUUGGCCUCCUAUAUAUCUCUCAAAGAUAAACAUAUAAUGAAUCGUAAUCUCUAUGUACAGAAUCCGGAAAAUGCCGUAAAUCGUCUACUAGAAUCGCCCAUUGAUGAGAUUGUUUGUGCUCACAUAAAAGUGCUGUAUUAUUUAUGGUUGGAACCCAGAGAUUUUAUGCAAGCCUACAAAUAUCAAUCACAAUGUAUACAGUCAGUGGUGAAAAUGUUGCAGCAAUUGAAAGAGGAAAACUGGUGUUUACCUGUAAUGUACACCGCCUGCUUGGAUUUAAGAAUAUUAGCUCAACAUUGUGAAGAACUUGGCAAUAGUUCGAAACCAGGAGAGAUUUUAGAAAAGGCUGCUGAUUGUUUAAUGAGCUGUUUUCGUGUAUGUGCCGCCGAUAACAGAUCCUCAGACAAUGAUACCAAACGUUUGGGCAUGUUAAAUCUGGUCAAUCAACUAUUUAAAGUUUAUUUUCGCAUUAAUAAACUGCAUCUGUGUAAACCUCUUAUACGUGCCAUCGAUUCGAGUGCAUUUAAAGAUAUGUUUCCACUGCCCGAACGUAUAACAUACAAAUACUUUGUUGGACGUAAGGCUAUGUUCGAUUCAGAUUACAAAAGUGCCGAUGAGUUUCUUUCGUUUGCCUUAAAGCAUUGUCCCAAGAAUUUCCCGCGCAAUAAACGUUUAAUACUCAUCUAUUUGGUGCCCGUUAAAAUGUUACUUGGCUAUUUGCCGAAAAAAUCUAUUUUGGAACGUUAUGAUGUUUUACAAUUUUACGAAUUGGCUGAGGCACUCAAGGAGGGCAAUGUACGCAAAUUUGACGAUGUUAUACAACGACAUGAAAUAUUCUUUAUUAAAUGUGGCAUUUAUUUGCUGGUGGAAAAACUCAAGUUCAUUGUCUAUCGCAAUCUAUUUAAGAAAGUCUACUUAAUUAAGCAAACGCAUCAAUUGGAUUUGAAUGCUUUUCGUUCGGCGUUACAGUUUGUGGGCGAGACUGAUAUGACUAUCGAUGAGACGCAUUGUAUAGUGGCGAAUUUAAUUUAUGAGGGCAAAAUCAAGGGUUACAUAUCGCAUAGUCAUAAUAAAUUGGUAGUCUCCAAACAGAAUCCUUUUCCAGCUAUUAAUACAGUCUCAUGAGAAAUGCUUAAUGAUAAUUUGUAAAAUGAAAACUGAAAAAAAUAUUUUUUUUUAUUAAAUUAUUGUAAGAUAUUUAAAAUAAUAUAAAGGAAUUAACUUAUGUAUUAUAAAAUGUAAUAAAUAACUGCUCUAUGAUUUUCAAGAAAUAAAUUAAGAGAUUGACAAAAUAUUUAAAA